CAAUAUGAAGAGGCAGACACAUGUAGGGUGUAAUUAAUAUAGUUGCUAUGUUGGAUCCUAAGUGUUAUUUAUAGGAGAAGGUUCACAUAAAACAAGACCAUUCAUGAAAAGCCACAUAAGAAGUUGAAGCAGAAGCAAAAACACCAAGAAAGAGAAAGUUCUGCUUUGGUUUCUGUAGUCUCCUAUGGCUCUCAAGCUCGUUCUCCUUGCUCUUUUCCUCUGUCUCCCAGCUUCUCUUUCUUCCACUGCUUCUAAAGAUAAAGAGCAUAAGUUGAAGUAUAAUCCUUAUCGAUACACGUUCAUCGAUAAAGCCAGCACAUUCUCAGCAUCUUCAUCGUCUUCUUUUUCAUCAACUGGUCAAGAUUCCACCUACGACUACAUAGUAAUCGGAGGUGGAACCGCAGGCUGUCCACUCGCCGCAACGCUGUCGCGGAAUUUUAGCGUUCUUGUUUUAGAGAGAGGUGGCGUUCCGUUUACAAACGCAAACGUCUCUUUCCUCAGGAACUUCCACAUUGGUCUUGCUGACACGUCAGCUUCCUCCGCGUCACAGGCGUUUGUUUCCACUGACGGUGUUUAUAACGCUCGUGCCAGAGUUCUUGGCGGCGGUUCUUGUAUUAACGCCGGUUUCUACUCGAGAGCCGAUGCUGCGUUUGUGAAGCGAGCAGGAUGGGAUGCGAAGCUAGUGAAUGAGUCGUAUCCAUGGGUGGAGCGAGAGAUCGUUCAUCAGCCGAAGUUGACGUUAUGGCAGAAGGCUCUGAGAGACAGUCUUCUAGAGGUUGGAGUCAGACCUUUCAAUGGCUUCACUUACGACCACGUCUCCGGAACAAAAGUCGGUGGCACAAUCUUCGAUAGGUUCGGCCGUCGUCACACUGCGGCGGAGCUUCUCGCUUACGCUAACCCUCAGAAGCUCAGAGUCUUGAUCUACGCCACCGUGCAAAAGAUAGUCUUUGACACAUCUGGAACAAGGCCUAGAGUAACAGGAGUUAUAUUCAAAGACGAGAAGGGUAAUCAACACCAGGCUCUACUCUCGAACAGAAAGGGAAGUGAAGUGAUCUUGUCCAGUGGAGCUAUUGGCUCACCACAGAUGCUGAUGUUAAGUGGGAUUGGACCUAAGAGAGAGCUUGAGAGGCUGAAGAUUCCUUUGGUUCUGGAGAAUGAGCAUGUGGGGAAAGGAAUGGCUGAUAAUCCGAUGAACAGCAUCUUGGUGCCUUCAAAGCAGCCUAUAGAGCAGUCACUUAUCCAGACUGUUGGAAUCACAAAGAUGGGUGUGUAUGUUGAAGCCAGCACUGGAUUUGGACAGUCUCCUGAGAGCAUUCAUACUCACUAUGGAGUUAUGUCGGACAAGAAUGAAUUGUUUUCGACCAUACCUGCAAAGCAGAGAAGACCAGAAGCAACACAAGCUUACACCACAAGAAACAAAUACCAACUUCAAGAAGCAUUCAAUGGAAGUUUCAUUUUGGAGAAACUAGCUUACCCAAUCUCUAGAGGGCAUUUGAGCUUACUCAACACAAAUGUAGAUGACAACCCAUCAGUUACCUUCAACUACUUCAAACACCCACUGGAUCUCCAACGCUGCGUUGAAGCCAUCCGUCUGGUUUCAAAAGUUGUGACGUCUAAGAGGUUCCUAAACUACACCCAGUGCGACAAGCAAAACGUCCACAAGAUGCUUAGCUUGAGCGUCAAGGCAAACAUCAAUCUAAGACCAAAGCAAGUGAAUGAUACCAAAUCAAUGGCUCAGUUCUGUAAAGACACCGUUGUCACAAUCUGGCACUAUCAUGGUGGUUGUCUUGUGGGUAAAGUCGUGAACCCUAACCGCAAAGUUCUCGGUGUCAACAGGCUAAGAGUUAUUGAUGGUUCCACAUUUGACGAGUCUCCAGGAACCAACCCGCAAGCCACAGUUAUGAUGAUGGGAAGAUACAUGGGAGUCAAGAUCCUUUGGGAGAGACUUGGAAACAAGGCAGGUGUUUAGUUUACAGCAGCAUAACUUGUACUCUCUCUGGUUAUUUUGAUAAUAGAUUCAUCGUAAUAUAUAGGAUCAGGUUGUCUAGUGAAUUGUGUAACCCUUUUGGGGGAAUUAGAGUUGUUGCUUGCGUCAAAAGAUAAUUCCUGACCUGAUUUUGUUUUCAGCUUAACUCCAGCAUUUUCCCAACC